UGUCAUAGUAAGGUGGACUACUAUGGUCGACUAGUGUUAGCUAGACUGAAUCUGGCUCAACACGACUUGUGUAGUGUCUUUUAGGAUAUCCAGGUACACUUUUAUCAAUUCAAACGUCAGUUUACAUAAUAGGAAAGCCUGAGGAUAGUAUGGACAAGUCAAACAUAGUUACAUGCACCGCUCCUGUGAAUAUAGCGGUCAUCAAAUACUGGGGCAAGAGAAAUGAAGAAUUAAUUCUACCCAUUAACUCGUCGUUGAGCGUCACAUUGCAUCAAGACCAGCUGAAAACAACAACAACAGUUGCAACCAGCAGAUCAUUUCAGGAAGAUCGAAUAUGGCUCAAUGGCAAAGAGGAGGACAUAAACCAUCCAAGAAUACAGUCCUGUCUGAGAGAGAUUCGACGAUUAGCAAGGAAGAGACGUAGUGAUGGGGACCCCGGUUUUGAUUUGACUAGUUUGUCUCAUAAAGUCCACAUCUGCUCUGUGAAUAACUUCCCCACCGCUGCUGGCCUCGCCUCCUCAGCUGCUGGAUUUGCUUGUCUGGUUUACACUCUGGCCCAGGUGUUUGGCAUAGAAGGGGAGUUGUCUGGGAUUGCUCGGCAGGGCUCAGGCAGCGCAUGCCGGAGUAUGUACGGAGGGUUUGUCCAGUGGAUCAUGGGCCAGAAAGACGAUGGCAAGGACAGUCUGGCCCAGCAGGUGGAGCCAGAGACUCACUGGCCUGAGCUCAGAAUCCUUGUACUCGUGGCCAGUGCUGAGAGGAAGCCAAUUGGCAGCACCUCUGGGAUGCAAACCAGUGUACAAACAAGCUGUCUCUUAAAGCACCGGGCUGAGUCUGUUGUCCCAGGCCGGAUGGUAGAGAUGACUGAAGCGGUGCAAAGAAAGGACUUUGCUGCAUUUGCUGAACUAACCAUGAAAGACAGUAACCAGUUCCACGCCACCUGCCUUGACACAUACCCUCCCAUCUUCUACCUCAACAAUGUGUCUCAACAGGUUAUCAGUUUGGUGCAUCGGUAUAACAGACACCACGGGGAGACAAGGGCGGCCUACACAUUUGAUGCAGGACCCAACGCUGUGAUCUUCAUUCUGCAGCAGCAUGUUCCUGAGUUUGUUCAGGCAGUUCAACAUUUCUUCCCCCCAGAGAGCAAUGGAGGACAGUUUAUUAAGGGUCUUCCAGUUAACCAUGCUGCUCUUUCUGAGGAGCUGAAACGGGCUAUUGGUCUAGAGCCCAUGCCAAAGGGAAUAAGCUACAUUAUUAGUACCAAGGCUGGACCAGGCCCUUGUGUUGUGGAAGAUCCCGCUCAGCAUCUACUUGGAUCUGAUGGGUUGCCUAAGAAAACUGCGUGAUGCUCUGCAGCCCUGAAUGGACAAAGUCCCACUGAGCAAUAAUAAAGCAGAGAUAAAAUGUGCAUUAGUCAUAUAUAACUAGGUUUUUACAAAUCACAGCAACAGCAGGUACUUUCCUCACCACUGUGGAUGCUAAUGUCUUUGUUUAAUUAUCAAUACGUGUCUCUCAUCUCUCUGUCAAUUCUGUGAUAUUAAAUAAAUAUAUUUUAGACAAUAUAA